CAGUUAGUUGGACGGAUAGUACAGUUGUGUUGUCGCUGAGAACUAAUUAUUAACACAGAUAUGGGUUCCUUAACAGAUUUCCAAAAGAGAAAGGUGAUGGCCGUGUUUACCACGCUAUAUGACACAAAUAAAGAUGGUGUUAUAGAAAAGUGUGACUUUGAAGAAGCUGCACAGAAAAUAUGUAGUUUACAUCAUUGGAAACAAGGAGGUGAUCGUUAUAAAUCAGCCGAAAAAACUCUUGCCUCAAUUUGGGAUGGACUCCGAAAAUUCGCCGAUAAAGAUCAGGACCAAAAAAUUACCAAAGAAGAAUGGUUAGUUAUGUGGGAAGAUUGUUUAAAGAAUAUAUCAUCAGGAAAAGGAUUUCCAGACUGGCAGAAACAUUACAUGGAAUUUAUGUUCUUAGCUAAUGAUACAUCAGGAGAUGGAUUUAUUGAUAAAGAAGAAUAUGUAACAAUUUAUAAGGUAUUUGGUAUGCCAGAGGAAAAUUCAUCUGCAGCUUUUGAUCAACUCGCUAAGGGCACAGAAGGCAAGAUUUCAUGGGAAGAAUUUGAAUCAUUGUGGACAGAAUAUUUCACAUCAGACAACCCAUCUGCUAGAGGAAACUUUUUGUUCGGUCAGAUUCCAGUUUGAAUUAUUGGGGUUAAAAACAAUAUAGUUUUAGAUAAGCCAUACGCCUCAGAUCCUAGGACGGGUUUUUGAAGAAUGAUUUACGUGUGAUUCCGUCUGGUGACUCCAUCUAUUGCUGCCCGAUAUGACCACAAUGUCACGAGAUGUAUACAAUGUUAUCGUUGGUGCCCAUUGGGGGUUAUGUUUUGUUAUAUUUUAUAUUAAUUUCUUGGUUUUUACAUAUGUCUUUAAAAAAAAACUAUGUAAUUGGUGUUUUGGAGUUGUAAUUUGUGUAUCUUUCGAGAUGUUAUUGUAAUUUUUGGUGGGAUAUAAAUAUGAAAAUAUAAAGUUAGGUAUGCCCAGAUUAGUAUCACAAAACACAUAAAAUACGUAUAGUUAUCUUAAAUAUGCAUUGGUAUGCAAAACAAUUUUAAUGCAAUUAAUGAUUUCUGGUUUUAUCUUGUUAAUUAAUAAGCAGAAUUGAAUCUUUAAUGAGACGUUUUAUCAUUUAAAAUAUCCUGAUAUUGACACAUUUUUUCUUUAAAAGACAGCUUAAAGUAUAAUUUUUGAAAUUUCAACAUCGUCUCAAAAGGUAGUUUGGAGAGCCCCCUCUGUCUUAAAAAAUGUCAUAUGUAACUUGAUAUGGGUAUUGAUAUUUUUAGGUUUUUCAUUUUUACUUUAAUAAUAUAGAAUGUGUAUGUUUAUUGGUCAUUGUAAUUUUUCAAUAAAACCCAUUCCAAAUUCCAA